UUUCUUUCCAAAUUUUUAAUUUCAUAUUAUCGACUUUUUCUCUUCUCGCUCCUUCAUCAAUACCCAAUUUUUAAUAUUUUUGCAACACCCACACUCAACCUGCUUUCUGUCUCUGUUGCAGAACAUUGAACCAUUUAUUCUGAACCGCAUACACCGAGAAUUUUGAACUGCCCACGAUAUACUGCCAUAUCCAAGUAUACCGUUCUCUAUUGUCGUUCCAAAGAAACAUUCCGUUUACGGUCGUAGCAGACCCAAGUGGGCCCAGAUCGCAUAGAUACCGCUCAAUAUACUUUUAUAUUAGCUUCCUCUUCUUCCUCUAUAUUCUAUUUUUUCUUCGUUGCCAACAGCCUAUUCUAGUUUCAGCAGCAAACCCGCCCAAACAGCCUUGUCAAUUUGUAUUACGACAACGACAACGACCUCCACCAUCAUUUCACCACCAGUUGCCAAAAUGCUCAAGGCUGGGAAAUCUGCUCGCAGGGCUGUAUUCCCAUGCACUACUACGGGCCUCGUGCUGGCUCAAGGCUUGGCUCGAUGGAACACACCCAAUAUAUCACGUUUGCAGCUAUUUCUCCCUCUUGCUCAUAGUUACCAUGACAGCGCGGAGUACGGUCAUUUUCAAACCCCACAAAUGCCUUCACAAAAAUAUUCGGCGGAGGAACUGGCCAAUCGCCAGCAUAAUGCCAACCUUGUGAUGCUAGCCGAUGCGUACCGUCGUUAUGGCCAUCUCUCUAGCAACCUUGAUCCGUUGGGAAUUCAAAAGCCAGGGCUUAUUGAAGAAUUGUCCGCGCGCAUGUAUGGCUUGAAAGACGAGUCUACCCAAUACAACAUUGAUGGCAUUGUCACCCCCUCCAGCAAGCUUCCUCCUAAUUCCAGCCUCUCGUCGAUUAUUGAAGUGCUGCAAAGGACUUACUGUCGCAAUAUAUCUUACGAAUUCGAUCACAUUACGUCGCUGGCAAUCAGAAAGUGGUUUGCCGAGUAUGUAGAGUCGAUGGAUGCGAGUCCAACUCCACCCAGAUACGAGCGGUUUCACGAGCUGUUGGCCAAAACGGAGGUUAUCGAGACAUUCUUGCAAAAGAAACUUCCAAAUGUCAAGAGGUAUGGUCUCGAGGGCAGCGAGAGCAUUGUCGUGCUCAUUGACCAGAUCAUCUACGAGGGCGCGCAGCUCGGGAUAUCAGAUGUCGUUGCUGGGCUGACACACCGUGGCCGUGUGAGCAUCCUUUCGACACUGUUCAAUUAUCCAAAGGACGAGUUGCUGCGGAAAAUUACUGGUGGCAGCGAGUUUGCAGACGACUCUCCGCAUACAGGCGACAUUAUCCUAGAUGUUCCUAAGCUAACCACCAUCCAAUACUCAGACAUUGACUCGCCGGUCAACGUCGAAGUUAUGUGGAAUGCAUGUCACCUGGAGAGUGGGAUGCCGGUGAGCAUGGGAAAGAGCCGGACCAAGGAUAUUGGCAUUUCAAGGUCCAAGAUGGAUCCUGAUUACAUCAUCGGUGACAACGUGCUUUCGGUAUCUCUUCAUGGCGACUCUGGGUUUGCUGGUCAAGGCAUUGUUGCCGAGUCACUGAGCAUGUCUGGAUUAGCUCAUUUCACGAAUGGCGGCACAAUCCACAUUAUCAACAACAAUCAGGUCGGAUACACUACGCCACCCUCCCACACGCGCACGACGCGCUACGCCUCCGAUAUUGCAAAGUUCGCCGAUAUUCCCGUUAUCCACGUCAACGGGGAACACCCUGAGGAGGUUGCUCGAGCUGCACGCAUUGCCGUUGCUUAUCGGCAGAGAUUUAGGAAGGAUGUGAUUAUCGACAUGUGGUCAUUUCGCAAGCGCGGUCACAAUGAGAUGGACGAGCCGUCGUUCACUCAACCCACGAUGUACAAGAUUAUCAACGCACGGAAAAGCAUACCCACCCAGUUUGAGGACAAGCUUAUUUCUAAAGGAUUGCUGAGCAAGAACAAGGCAGACACUGUCAGGCAGGAAUGGUUGAACUCGCUCAACGAAGCGUACAUUGCCUCUGCAGAAUGCAGGCCCGCUGGCCCUGAGCAGUCCCAUGUAUGGAAGCUUUUAUCCCGCUCCGGAAGUCGUCCGAUCGAGAAGACCACCGGCGUAGACGAGAACACCCUUUACCAGACCGGUGUCGACUCUGUUAAGCAAAGCGAGAACAUUAAGGUGCACCCGCGCAUCGAGCGUUUCCAUAUUAAGCCGCGGUUAAAGAGGUUGCAGGACGGCCAGGGAAUUGACUGGGCGACUGCUGAGGCGAUGGCGUUUGGCACACUUCUCCGCGAGGGCUAUAACAUUCGGCUCAGUGGGCAGGAUGUUGGUCGUGGCACUUUCAGCCAUCGUCACGCUAUGUUUGUGUGCCAGGAAUCGGAGCAAAUGUAUGUGCCACUCAACCAUAUGGAGGACUGUAAACAGCAGCAGACCCAGCAGGGCAAGUUGGAGGUCGUAAACUCUAACCUCUGCGAGGAAGCUGUUGUUGGGUUUGAGUACGGCGUUUCUACAGAGGACCCGUUCACAUUGGCCAUCUGGGAGGCGCAGUUUGGCGAUUUUUAUAAUAACAGCCAGGCGAUAGUUGACGGGUACAUUGCCUCAGGUGAGACUAAAUGGGGCCAGCAGAGCGGCCUGGUUAUGCUGCUUCCGCACGGCUCUUGCCGAAUCGAGCGGCACCUGAUGCUGUCUAACGAUCCAGUCGAUGGCCGCACGCACUCUCACCCUCUGCCCAACAUUUAUGUUACGUACCCGACUACCCCGGCGCAGUUCUUCCACCUCCUGCGCCGCCAGGUCAAGCGCAAUUUCCGCAAGCCGCUGAUUGUUGCUGGUCCCAAGACGCUGCUGCGUCUCUCCAGUGCAUCUUCGUCCCUGAGUGAAAUGGGUCCUGGCACGCAGUUCAGACCAGUUCUUGACGACUCUACUAUUAGUGACCCACAGAUGAUCAAGCGGGUCAUCAUUAUGAGCGGAAAGCUAUACUAUGACCUGGCCAAGAUCAAGGACGAGCACAUGCUGGGCGAGCAUGUUGCCAUUGUGCGCGUCGAGGAGAUUUCGCCAUUCCCUCGCGAGGAGCUCUACCAGACUAUUUCACAGUACACAAAUGCCAGCGAUUUUGUCUGGGUGCAGGAGGAGCCCCGCAACGCCGGCUCGUAUUCCUUUGUUGCGCCGCGUAUCAAGGGCUUGCUCCCCGCACACGCCGAGCUGCGCUAUAUUGGUCGUGGCGAGCACGCAGCCACAUGUUCAGGAGUGGAAGCCCAGCAGACUGCGGAGCAUCUGCAGCUAACCAGCGAAGCCUUUUCUGGUCUGCGCGGGCUGGUCGCUGACAUGGUGAUAAACAAUAUUAAUACCCAGCACAGCCAGGCACCGGCCAGGGCGUCAUUGCCGCUUGACAAGCCUUCGGCCACAAUGAUACCCGCGAGCGCCCAUCACCGCUGGAGCAGCAGGCCAGUCUAUGCGGCGGCUCAGAGCAGCGAGCAAUAGGCCGAGUCCAAUCAUGGCUGUUGCGGCCAUAUUAAUUAAUAUUAAUUCCCUUCAAUA